CAAGCCCCAUUGUUGUUCUCCAUUUCUGGGUUCUGCUUACUUCCGUAUUGCCUUUAUUUUCAACACUUCCUUAUGUCAUGGGAUGCUUCCCAACCCCUUACCCAGAAACACAUUUAUAGCCAACCAGGGCUCUUGAUCUGCAAGAUUCAUCUUUAGCCUGGCUAUGUGCCCUGGGGCAAGUUGCUUCACUACUCCAAACUUACGUUCCCCUUCUGUAACAUCAGGAUAAUAACAGCCUUCAGGUCAGGCUCCAUAUUAUGUCCAUAAAAUGCUUAGCACAGACCUGAGUGAGUGUUUUAAGACAGAAGUGGGGGGAAAUUCUAUUUUCUAUGGGGUAGGUAGUCACGAUUGUAGAAAAGAGACUGUUUACAAGUUCUCCCAACCUCCAACCAGUGUCAUUCGACAGAGGACAGUGUGCAUCUGUUCUCUGAGCCUCCUGGAAGACUUCAGUGCUUGGGAGACCUGGCAAUGACAUGGGUGUAGAGGGUUUGUCUUCUGAUGGUGACCCAUGGAGUCAGAGUAAACCCCUGUCUCUGGCUGGACCCCCUUGGGACUUGUAGCGUGGCCAGCCAGCACGAGGAGGGAUCCCCAACGUUGAACUUGGUCCUUAAGAGGUCACAGACCCAGAGCCCUCACCCAAGCAGCAGUAACAACCGGGAUAUGUGUAGAAACACAUUCGGGGGGCUUCCCCCUCAGCCACACGUUUGAGAUUUUAUUCUAGAGCCUGUUCGGGUCUAGUGCCUAGUAUAAGUGCUCAGUAAUUACCUGUUGACUAAAAUGAACAAACCAACAUGAUAACCUGACCUGGCACAUACAAUACUAAUGUGAUGAAUGUAUGAAUGAAUGAAUGCGUCGUAAAGCUUGUUAAAUGAAUAGUUGAUGAUCUACAGUAGAUGAGCCAUAAAUGUUGGCUGAAUGAAUGAAUGAAUGAAUGGCCUGUCAGUCAUGUCCACGGCUACUACUUUCCAUAUGUGUUAAGCUGAUCUUUGAUUUAUUUUCUGUAGCUAUAAUUCAGUCCCAGCAAACUGACACUCUAAAUUUAUGACUUGUUUUUAUUUCCUGUUGUUGAAUUUUGAAAUAGAUGAUGCCGUCACAUGGAUUGAAUUCCGUUUUCAAAUAGAAAGAGGUAUUUUCAAACAUCCUUGAACUGAGCAUGCAGAAUGAGGGAGGCAUGGUGCUUACGUACUCACUAAUCUCUGUUAUGACACGUCUGCAUGACUGAGAGUAUCAUGCUCCUGGGUUGAGGAGAGGAGGGUUGUCCACAAAUGACACAUGAGUGGAGCCAUCGUGUUCCUGUAUAUACUCGGUAGAUAUAUGUACGGGCUGGAAUAGGUAAGUUUAAUCCUUUGCCAUUAUUCAUUUCACUUUCCUGAAUUCUGUGCUAUUUCCAAGGAGUAACUGCUUUUCUUCUGGGUUAAGUAGAAAUCUUUGCUUAAGUCAAAACCACUUACUUUAAAUACAUUCAGAGACAUCAGGAUCUUUUGCCCUAGGAGUGUUUCUCAUGUUUUUCAAAGUCAAUGAAUUGUCACUUGACCUUAAUGGACACUUAUAGAUCACUGAAUUAAGGAUUAAACUAAGUGGAGAAAAGAAGCUUUUAUCCAAAAUUCUCUGAUUUAUUGAGACAGAUUUGGGAAGUCAUAACAGUGUCACUUAAUUGAGCAUUGAUGAUUAUAGUGCCAAUGUAUACAAAAUGAAAAGGACUUGGGGUUUAAUUCUGCUAUUUGGAAUUAUUUGUGGUCCCUUUUAAGGAGGUCGAGAAUAUUUGCACAGAAGAGAAAAAUCUGGUGAGAGUUACUCCAGUUAAAAUUCAGUAAGAUGUGCAAUUGCUAUUGUAAGUCAGAACGUUCCUGAAAAGUUAAAAAAAAAAAAAAUUCCUCAGCUUCCUAGAUACUUUGUGCACAGGUUGGUAUCAGGAAUUCCAAAUAAACGACUAAAUGGUGAAAUGUUGUCCCUUUCAUUUAGGUACGUUACUAUUAUGUAUCUCUCUUGCGGAAAAAUUUUCUCCAUCAUUGGUUUGAAGUUAAAAAUUGUGUCACAUAGCUGAAAAUAACAAAAAGAGAUGUUCAUAUUCUUAGGUAGUCUUGAGAUGCCAGGAUGCACUUUUCUUCUUCAGGCAAAAUCCACUUUUAACACUCAUCCUCCAGGUAGGCUUUCCAGGUGGUCAUGAAAGGAAACUUGUUCAUUGCUUCGUAUCUGGAAAGGAUAGAUUUGAUCUACGUUGGAAUCUUCUUAGAGCCGAAUCUGAACGUUAUCCAGCCCCUUUCUAAUGAGAUUGUGUUCUUCUGCCAACCAGUUUCACUGCAUGCCUAAGUCGGAAAUUUUUGAAACAUAUUACACUUUUCUAGAUUUUUCUUCCAGAGAAAGGAACUUAGCUGAAGAAUUUGAAAACCUUCUCUUACAUACCCAGAAGUUUGGCCGGGUAAUGGGUUGUUUGGGAACAAAAGUAAUUACCGAGUGUAGCCAAAUCAGAUCUGCAAAUCCUAAUACACAGAUUUAGGCACGUGAUAUUGAAAUGUGUGACCAGUAAAUAAAUAAGACAAAAUAAAAUUCCAACAUUUUCUCCUGUCUCUCAGGAGAGUCUAAUAAAUGGACUUGGAUUCCCCUGCAAAUAGUUAACCUAUGUUCUCCUAUACCCAGCAUCUAGAGGCCCAGUGGCCCACAUACGAUAUGGAAUGGGCAACAAGACUGACCAUGCCAGCUGCCUUUUAAAAGUAAAUGCCAGUUAAGAAAAAAAUCGCCUUUCCGAAGAAAUAGUACGGCAAAAGGGGGAGUAAUGGAACGCCAUCUUCCUUCAGAAGAAAACAAUUUCUCUUAUCAGACUCCUUCCACUUAAGGGAUAACACAGGAGGAGCAGCAGGCUAAGGCCUUCUCAGAGAACCGGGAAUUCGGAGGACAUUGUCCAGACAAGGUCAGCAUUCCAGAUCCAUCAGACUGAACUGGACUUGAAUCAGACUUUCCUGGUGUGGCUUAUUCUGGUGGUUUUUCUGUUCGGGGCUUAGUGGAGUGAAUCAGAAGCUUUCAGGAAAAGACUCUUUCCACUAAGCCCUACCCUCCUCAGGCAACUCAUUUGUCUCAGGAUUUUCCCCGGAGACCCAGGGACAGAUAUUCCUCAUGUUGAAAUCAGUGCAGCAGUCUUCUCCACGGGCAGAGGCUGGACCGAAGCCUUCUGUACGUUGUCUCAAUCGUUGGAGCCCCCCUAAUGUGUUCCAUCUUACAGACUCAAAAGCAUUUUUAAUGAGUGGAGUAUGGCGAUGCCUUGCCAGUGUGUCUGCAGAUGACUCAAUCUGUGUGCACACACCCAAAUGCACACACGGUUUGCAAAGGGAAGCCAUGGAGUUCCACAAAUUGGAGAAGUCGAUUGGAAUAUUAAGCCCAGGAGUUGCUUUGGGGACGGCUGGAAGGGCAAUGUCUUCCAAGUUCUUCCUAAUGGCUUUGGCCAUCUUUAUCUCCUUCGCCCAGGUCGUAAUAGAAGGCAAUUCUUGGUGGUCGCUAGGUAUGAAUAACCCUGUUCAGAUGUCAGAAGUAUAUAUCAUAGGAGCACAGCCUCUGUGCAGCCAACUGGCAGGACUUUCUCAAGGACAGAAGAAACUAUGCCACUUGUAUCAGGACCACAUGCAGUACAUCGGAGAGGGCGCAAAGACAGGCAUCAAAGAAUGCCAGUAUCAGUUCCGACACCGGAGGUGGAACUGCAGCACCGUGGAUAACACCUCAGUCUUCGGCAGGGUCAUGCAGAUAGGCAGCCGCGAGACGGCCUUCACGUACGCCGUGAGCGCCGCGGGGGUGGUCAACGCCAUGAGCCGCGCCUGCCGCGAGGGCGAGCUGUCCACCUGUGGCUGCAGCCGCGCCGCGCGCCCCAAGGACCUGCCGCGGGACUGGCUGUGGGGCGGCUGCGGCGACAACAUCGACUACGGCUACCGCUUCGCCAAGGAGUUCGUGGACGCGCGCGAGCGGGAGCGCAUCCACGCCAAGGGCUCCUAUGAGAGCGCGCGCAUCCUCAUGAACCUGCACAACAACGAGGCCGGCCGCAGGACGGUGUACAACCUGGCGGACGUGGCCUGCAAGUGCCACGGGGUGUCAGGCUCGUGCAGCCUCAAGACGUGCUGGCUGCAGUUGGCCGACUUCCGCAAGGUGGGCGACGCCCUGAAGGAGAAGUACGACAGCGCAGCGGCCAUGCGGCUCAACAGCCGGGGCAAGCUGGUGCAGGUCAACAGCCGCUUCAACUCGCCCACCACGCAGGACCUGGUCUACAUCGACCCCAGCCCCGACUACUGCGUGCGCAACGAGAGCACCGGCUCGCUGGGCACACAGGGCCGCCUGUGCAACAAGACGUCCGAGGGCAUGGACGGCUGCGAGCUCAUGUGCUGCGGCCGUGGCUACGACCAGUUUAAGACGGUGCAGACCGAGCGCUGCCACUGCAAGUUCCACUGGUGCUGCUACGUCAAGUGCAAGAAGUGCACAGAGAUCGUGGACCAGUUCGUGUGCAAGUAGUGGGCACCCCGCCGCCCGCCUGUCACCCAGCCCCACUCCCAGGACCCACUUAUUUAUAGAAAGUACAGUGAUUCUGUUGUUGUUGUUGUCUUUAAUACUGUUUAUUUUUUGUCCCCAAGAAUUGCAACCGGAACCAUUUUUUUUUUCUGUUCCCAUCUGAGAACUCUGUGGUUUAUUACUAAUAUUAUAAUUAUUAUUUGGCAAAAAGGGGGGGUGGGAACCAAGAAAAUAUUUAUUUUGUGGAUCAUUGAAAAGUAAGACAAGACUUCUUUUGCUGGUAUAUAGGAUGAGGGGGGAAUAACGCACACCUUAAGUUAGAUGUGUGCACAUCUGGAAGGUCAAGGAAACACUGUUUUCUUUGUCUCAACUAUGGGGUCAUAUGGGACAGGUAGCGUCCAGCUGCAAGAGGGUGGUACAGAUCUAUGCGUGACUUAGCUCCUGUGACUAAAAGGAAUUCGGUGCUCUGGUGAAAGUUGAAAGGUCUUGAGAAAAAAACAAAACAAUGAGACCAACACACCCCCCCGCCCCUUUCCCAGGGGCUGCCAGCCUGAAACAUUUCCAAAAUGGUAUUUAAAGUCUAAGAGCAAAAAUCUCAUAUCCCUUAAAGAAAAAAGGUUUAUCACGUGUCGCAAUGUUCUCAAACAUUCCAUCUACAGAUGGUCCAUUCUAGUAGCUACUGAAACUUGGGGAGCAGGGAGGGAAGCCCCAGAAAUUAAAAAAAAAGAGAAAACUUAAAAACUCCUUAUAUUAAGUCAGUGAUUUGACGCUGUUGUGGGAAUUAGGUUAUCCACUUGGAAAAGGAUCCCCGAGCGAUUCUGGGUACUAGACUUUUUGUUUGGAGAAGGGCAAGGGAGGUUGACUUGACUGUAAAGGAAAAUAUACUGUAAUUUUCUUAGGGAUACUUGGUUAAUAAAUGAUAACAAUGAAACUAAUAAAUGAAUUCCAUUCACAGAUCCUCAGCCCGAGCUACAAGGUAAUUGCCUGCAGUUCAGCACUGCACCAGAGCAGAAAACCUAUUUGAGGGGGAAACGUGACAUCCGCCCUCCCUGCUUGACCCCGCGCCCUGUCCGAUUCCUCCAUGCCUUGCUGCGCUGUGACACCGGCCACGUUUCCAAACGGCAGCUCCACUGCGUCCCCUCUGAUAGUAGGACAGGAAAUGAAACAGAGGAGCUCCGCUUGGGAGACAGUUCGCUACUUAGGGAUUUUGGUUUUCCCCUAUAACUUUUACUUUGAGGAGCAGUAGUUUUCUAUGUUUUAAUGACAUUACUUGGCGAAUGGACUUCACAGAGGUGUGGCAGCGUUUCCCUGUUAUGAUCCUGUGUUUAGACUCUCCACUCACGCUUUCCUAUUACCCUGCAGGUGUACCCCAGAACUGUUCCUAGAGGACUUGAACAGUUGCAUUUAUAAGGGGGGAAAUGUGGUUUAAUGGUGCCUGAUAUCUCAGUCUCUUGUACAUAACAUACAUAUAUAUAUAUAUACACACAUAUAUAUAUAUAUAAAUAUAAUUAUAUCUCAGUGCGGCCAGUGAUUUAGAUUUACCGUUUACUCGGGUCUAGAGCCUUGUCGUCCUCCAUUGCAAUCCAACUGGGAUUUUUGCAGACGGUUUCUGAGUUGAGCUGGGGCUGUGGCCUCCAUGCCAUCACGCCCUGAGCAUCACGGAGCAGCCUUGUUUCUGAGGAAUCCGGAAGGUCUCAUACUCAUGUGCAUUGUUGGUUUGAAGAUUUCUUUUAUCUUCCCCGCCCCAUCCUCCUUUUCUGUACCCUUUCUGGAGAGGGCAUUACUUAUUCAUCACAGACGUGGGAAUGAAGAGAUAAUUCAACACUGAGAAGCAUUGUCGGCAUUUCCCUUUCCUUCAUGCGUUUUGCAGAGUGGAAACUGGUGCCCAUUAGACCUGAUAGUACCUAUUUGAGUCCCUGAGGAAAAUCCAGCUCACAACAUAUACGGCUAGUUUAAAAAGUUUUUUAAACCAGGACACCUCUUUGCAAAGAGUACCGUCAAAUGUGUUCUUAUCUCAGACUUCUGUUGCUUUAAAAGUUGGGAAAGAUACACAUCUCCUGCAGCCCUCGUGGGAACGGGUGGCCCUCAGAUCACCUCAGCCACCUGCGGCUCUUGUUGCACAAGGAUGUUCACUCCCCUGCAGUUGCAGUGAAUUGCAAGCAAAAGAUCUUGAAAGUAAGAAGCACUAAUUAGCUUAAAAUGUCACUUUUUUGGUUUUUAUUAUACAAAAACCAUGAAGUAAGUUCUUUUUAUUUGCUAAACCAGAUUUUGUUCCUUUUUAGUGAUUCCUGUUUAUGAAGAGAGUUGAGUUUAACAAUCCUAGUUUUUAAAGGAAACUAUUUAAUGUAAAAUAUUCUACUUGUCAUUCAGAUAUUAUGUAUAUCUUCUGUGGCCUUUAUUCUAUACUUUUCAUGUACAUAUUUCUGUCUCGUGCGAUUUGUAUAUUUCACUGGUUCAGAAAACAAACAAACAUCGAAAGGCUUAUGCCAAAUGGAAGAUAGAAUAUAAAAUAAAACGUUACUUGGAUAUUGGUAAGUGGUUUCAAUUGUCCUUCAGAUACUUCAUGUGGAGAGUUUUUGAGAAAACAUGAGGGAUAGUUUAGGGGUGACUACAUGUCAGAAUAACAGAAGAGUGGAGAAUUUUACCAAAACCAAACUAUUUGGGAGCUUCAAAAGAUUUCUAUAUGUAACGGAACAAAAGGGGAAUUCUCUUUUCCUAUAUAUGUUCCUCAAAAAAAGAAAUCAAGCAGAUGGCUUAAAGCUGGUUAUAGGAUUGCUCACAUUCUUCGAGCAUUAGGCAUGUAACUUAAUUGUUUUAGAGCUUGUUGGUGUUGUAACAUCUCAGAGCUAAGAACUGAAAAGGCACAUGCUUUUAUCCAUGACCAGAAGUUUAGUCCAAAAAAAAGUGUAUUUGUGUUCACCACUGCAGCUAGCGCGCUGCUCUAGUUCGAAGUUACUGUGUGGAUGGAGUGUCUCCUUGCCCCUUGGAAAGCAGGUUUAUGAAAAGCAAGCCUCAGUCUGCAGAGAAUGAAGGAAACUGAAGGUUCGUUGUGUUAAGUGCAAUUAAUACAAGCCCUGUGCUUCUUGAAAACGCGCAGCGAAGCCUGGCCCGCGACGCACAGAUUGAUACGUUAGCCCUUUGCUUUUUUUCUUUCCGGAUAACCUUGUAACAUAUUGAAACCUUUUAAGGAUGCCAAGAAUGCAUUAUUCCACAAAAAAACAGUAGACCAACAUAUAGAGUGUUUAAAAUAGCAUUUCUGGGCAAAUUCAAACGCUUGUGGUUCUAGGACUCACAUCUGUUUCAGUUUUUCCUCAGUUGUAUAUUGACCAGUGUUCUUUAUUGCAAAAACAUAUACGCGAUUUAGGAGCGUCAGCAUAUUUUUUUUUUCCUUCUCAUCCUGGAGUGCAUUCAAGAGCUUCCCAAUACAGGAAAAUUAACAAAAAAUUUAUAUACAGGCAGCGACAAACAGAGCUAUGUUCAAAAUAGUAAUUAUGGACUUAAGUACCAGGAAGACUGUUUUAAGCUUUAGUCCAGUGUAUCUGUUCAGUUUUUCAAGCUGCUGACCUCCCGAGACCGGCACUGUGUUUCAGUAGCCCAUGCAAACCCUUUGCUUGUACGAUUUGCCAAUACAAUUUUCAAUUUGUUUUUGCAAGACCUUGUUCAAGCCACCAGAAGUAUCAAAGAUGACACUGUAGCAGGAUAAGUACUCCAAAUAAGAGAGUCACUGGCUGACUCACAGAGAUCGUUAGCAGAAACAGUCCCCAAAGACUGAGUGACCCGUAAUUUAAAUAGAGACAACUAGAAAAGGUACUGAUAACUUGAAGGGUAUAUAUGAUGCAAAUACGCACCAAGACAUAGGUCUAAGAUACUGCAUUAUCACUGUAAAGUGUACUUCUAAAAUAUUUAUUUUUUUAAGAAAGUAUUUGUUAGUCUCUCCUCUCUGUGGAAUGGUGAAAGCCAGAUGCCAUACUUUGAAAGUAAGAUGAUGAAACGCAUUCUUAAUACAGGAAACAUUCAGCAACGUAGGAAUUAAAACUUAGUAAAGGAAUCUUCUAAUUUACCUGUUCGCACAGACCUUACAUUUAACUCUGAUGACUGGAUAAUAUUUUAUGUUAGUAAAACAUCAUCUUGUUAGCCAACUUUUAAAACUGGAUGUGGAAUGAUUAAAGGUCGGUACGAUUUUUUUUUUAAAACCAAAAAUGUAUCAAUUUUAAUCUAGAAGAUUUAAUUAACAUUCUGUCUCAGUAUUUCAAAAGCAAAAAAGGAAUAAGGAAAAUUGCAUGCAAAAGACCAAUUUUACAAGCAGUGUACCAUUUGCUGGGCUAGAAAUAGAUAAAGAUUAUUUAUUUUUGUUCAUAUCUUGUACUACUUUUCUAUUAAAGUCAUUUUAUAAAAUCA